CGAAGAGGCAGCCUGUCAGAGUCCUGCUAAACAUGGAGGAUGAGGAGGUAGCCGAGAGCUGGGAAGAAGCUGCGGACAGUGGGGAAAUUGAGAGGAGACUUGAGGCAAAGCUAAAGAUAAAUCAGGAAGCAAAGAAGACCAGUUUAAAGUCUGCUAGCUCUCCGGUGCGAACAGCGAUUGUAGUCCAAGACGACUCCUUGCCGGCGGCUCCUCCGCCUCAGAUUCGGAUUUUAAAGCGUCCUUCCAACAACGGUACUGCUGGGAACUCUGCAUCCUCGUCUCGUCCCUCGCAGCAGAUGAAGUCGCUGGCCCAACGGGAGGCAGAGUACGCAGAGGCCCGCAGGAGGAUUCUGGGUAGUGCUUCUUCAGAGGAAACCCCUCAGGACAAUCCAAGCCAGGACCGGGCUUCUCGUAUGAAUGUGCAGCAGCAGCAGCCGUUGGAAAUAGUUCGUCCAAACAAUCAUGCGAUCCGUCAGCCUUCCGGUCCUGAUGGCACCUCCGGCUUCCGGCUCUGCAGAUAAAGUGAAGCUGCUUGGUACGAAGAAACCGCUGCCUCUUGGUGAGAGGCGGAGCAGGGGAGAAAUUAAUGGGGUGUUUUGCGUGAUUUCCAAAGAGCAGAGUGGUGGGAUGACAUCAAAUUUGACUAAAAUAAGGAGUUAAAUUUACUUGUCCACCAUCUCUCUGCUUUGCACGCUCUGAUUGGAUCUUUGCCUUUUGCCUUGUCUUUUCCCUCUGUUGAACCUUACAAGGCGGCUGGCCAGAGGUCAAGGAUUCAAAAGCCCCUCGGUUCCACAUUGGGAACAGGCUUUAAUCUCUCGCCCCACGCACACUGUGAUACUCUGAUGUGCGCUCCGAUUUUAAAUCUGCAAAGUGUUCGUCACUUCAGGGAGAAUGAGGAGAACUAGACGAGCCUUUUCUCCCUGGCGAAGCGCGGGUCACAGCUGGACUUCCACCAACAGGAAGGCCUCAGCGAGUUGAGAGGAAGUGCCAAGAACUGCCCGUUUAGCUGACCAAGUGCAAGGUGGUGGAACGCUGCGCUGAUUGGACCUGUCGAGUGAAAGUGCACAGUGCCGAAUAAUGUGUCUUAGUCCUGCAGAUGGUGGCUCAGAGCAGCGGGGAGGCAACCUCUGGCCAAAAACCGUGAUCAGAACGAAGAGUCACUAAAUCUGUUUCUACAAGCAAUAACAAUGAAAUUACUUCCUGGAUUUGUUUUUUUGUGUGUGUGUGUGUGUGUGUUUGUGUACGUUUUGUUUUAAACUGUUAACAUUGUUUCUCCAUGGUUUCUUUUUUUGUUUCUGUGAUAUAGUAUUUUUAAAUAAGGAGAUUUGUUGACUGUUUAGAAAAUAGGUUGCAAUAGAAGCAUUCAUUUGCAAUGUCGUUAAUUUGAUCAAGUUUGAGGAAAUUGUGAAUUAGGAAUCAGAAUUUCUGGUGUUUCAUUGUUCUUGUGUGUGCUGCGUCAGCAGAAGAAGUGUUGGAGCGUUAAUGGCGCCAUCAGGCCCAGAAAGACGUCGAGGAAAUGUCAGAGAACGUAACUUUUAAUCAGCGCUCUGUGGAACGAAGCCAAAUUUAUCUUCCUGGUUUUGACGAAAGUCUUCCUGGCAGGUUUUUUUUCUUUUUUUAAACGCAACAGGGUUGUUAUUGUAGCGUAUGCUUGUUUUCCACCGAUUGAAAAUGGUUUACAAAAUCCAUAAUAUGAUUAAAAACUGAGGAGUUAAACAAACUGACAGCUGGCAUCCCAAUAAUUAAACUCUAAGUUUGCCCCUUUGCAGUUUUGAACAGUCACUUCAUACCCACCAAACUUCAAAUCUUCAUCUAUCAGAUUUGAUGAUUGAAGUAACUAUUUAUAAUUGUACUAAGAACUACUACAAGGAUAUGUAGUUAUAUGACUCCUGUAAAACAAAUUAUUUCUAUCAUAUUUCAUUAGAAUCAAUUGGCUUCAAUGGUGAUCAGAACCAUAAAUAAUGGAAACUUCAGAAAUUAAUUGGAAAUAUGUUAAAGUCGAUCCAAGAUUUUUAUCUAUAUCUCACUUUACAAAAUGGAAGUAGGAACUGACCGAAGAGCAACUCGACCUUGAGCCUUUGAACCUUUUGUGACUUUACGCCUUAAAUUAACCCGCCUAACAACAAACGCUCACAAGUGGGGUAAUUUGGAUUACAUUUGAAGCCGUUUUAGUGCUUGUACACAGCAGGAGUUGGGUUUUUUAGAGCAAAUUCACAGCCGCAUUCGUUUUUUCUGCUUUGAAUGCAGUUUAUUCAAACCGUUUUAGACGUAUCAAUGUGAAGCCUCCUAUCUGGAAAUGGUUGCAGUUUGAGAUCUACUGUCCAGCAGCUCUAGUCACUGAAAUGCUUCAUUUGGACGUCAUUUGUUUACCUUUAUGAGUUGAUUUACUCUGCUUCAGGCAGCAUGGAUCUGGACCUAUCACCUUAAGCUUUAAAGGAACCGCUCUCUGGGAUUUGGAUCAGUCAUACUCUUUUAGCAGAGGUGUAUGAUGUUACAUCGUCUGGCUUUGAGGCAGAAAGGAUUUAUCACUUAAAGCUGAUGUGCAGUGUGAUCAACUCAUGAUGCUUUAUUGCAGAUAUUCACAGCCGGCUGUCUAGUUUGAUGCCCAUUUGAUGUCAUUGUUUUAAAACUUGAAGAAUCCAAAUAAAAUUCGAAUACCCUUUAAUAAACAUUUAAAGAUACCGUCUAGAAUAUUUUGUCUUUUCUCUGAAUUUUACUUGGAAUUUGUUGACAGAUGUGGACUUUUUGUUUCUCAGCAAGUGGAUUGGCUUUAAAUUGUUGCCUUUGAAAAGAGCGGAUUUAUCUAGAGAUGUUUCAACCACUACAGGUUCUGUUUUUGUUUUCCAAUUAAACAAUGAACAGUAAACAAUCUUGGACUGCAAUAUGCCACAACACAGGCCUUGAGGCACUUUCCAAAAAAAUUAAAUCAUGCAUCCAUUCCCAUUAAUCCCAGUUGUCAAACUGCAGUCAAGUAAAUUAUUCAAAGUAGUUUAAAAAGUUUCCAAGGAAACCCAGCAGAUCAGCAUCUCGAGUAAAGAUGUAAGAGAUAAAAAAAAAA